AUGGACGAAAAAGAAGAAUUGCAUCUAACCUCUCCGGAGUUACAAGUUUUGUCUGAACUUGACAGCCGCCAGUUUGGUGUUCUGAAGCUGCGUGGCACUGAACAUGCUAGAAGAAGGGCACUUAUUCUCAAAGCUGUCAAAUAUCUUGAAGGCAUGUUGGUUCAAGUGAAGGAGGAAGAAAGGGCGUGUUCACCAGGUGCCAGAAGAGAUAUUUGCAUAGAUCCAAAAACAUAUUGCAAAUUGGGACACUUUCACCUCCUGUUAGAGGAUUACGCUAAAGCAAUGUCAGCGUAUCAAAAAUUUUACGCACUAGAGCCGGAUAACUGGAAGGAUCCUCUCUUUCUGUACGGUCUGGGGCUCUGCUAUUAUCACUAUAACGCCUUUGAGUGGUAA